AUGGGAAUCAAUAAAACUAAACUUUUAAGGCCUAAAACGAUGACCUUUCAGUUUGUUGAUUCUGGUACUUACGGAAACGUCACAGAAGGCGGGCCACCUGAAGAUAUACUAAAGAAAGAGAAGAUAACUCUAUACAUGGAACAACCCCACCCAAUCGAACUGCCAGCCGAACCGGCCCCACCCCCGCCUCAGCCUCUAAAACUCACCCAAAAAGAACGCAAAAGACUCCGAACUCAAAGACGCCUCGCCACUGAAAAAGCCCGGCAAGAAAUGAUCCGCCUAGGCCUUCUAGAACCCCCAAAACCCAAAGUCAAAAUGAGCAAUCUAAUGAAAGUCCUCGGAUCAGAAGCCACCCAAAACCCGACCCGCCUUGAAAUGGAAAUCAGAAGCGCAGCCGCCCAAUGUGAACAGGCUCAUGUUGACCGGAAUAUCGCCCGGAAGUUGACUCCGACCGAAAGACGCGAAAAGAAAAAACCAAAGUUUUUCGAUGACAAUAAUAAUACCCUCGAAACAAUUGUGUCCAUAUACAAAGUGAAUGACCUUUCGCACCUUCAGACUAGGUUUAAGGUUGAUGUAAAUGCACAGAAGAAUCGGUUGUCGGGGUGUGCGGUUAUUUCGGAGGGUAUUUCUGUCGUGGUGGUGGAGGGCGGGGGUAAAUCGGUAAAACGGUAUCAGAAGUUGAUGUUGAAGAGGAUAAAUUGGGCUGCGGCUGUGAAAGAAGAGAAUAUGCAUGAAGAGGUUGAUGAUGAUGAUGAGAACGUGAAGAAUAAGUGUGUGUUGGUGUGGCAAGGGAGUGUGACUAAACCAAGUUUUCAAAGGUUUUUGGUGCAUGAAUGCAGUACCGAAAAUGCUGCUCGCAAAGUGUUUUAUGAUGCUGGGGUUGGUCAUUAUUGGGAUUUAGUUGUUAAUUUCUCAAGGAUGUGUAAUUAG